AUGCAGAGCUUCACAAAGAGAAAGAUUAGAGCAUCAGCUAAUGUGUUUGUUGGUGAUGAUAUACAAUUCGAUACUCAACAAGAUGUAGUCUUUGAUAAUAAUAGUAGCAAUGAUGGUAGUAUUAGUAGUGGCAGUGGCAGUGGCAACAACAGUCCUCAAGUGUCAUCAAUGAGAUCAGAUGAUGCUGUAUAUAAUUUACAUAGUACACAGGUUCAACAACAACAGCAAUCACCAUUACAUACUUCAUCAUCAGGAUCAGCAUCAUCGUCUGCAACAACAACAUCAAGAUAUAAGAUACAAUCAUCAUUCGAUAUACCCUACCCUGUGAAGAAUGCCAUCGAUCAAUUGGAUCCAUCAUACUUUAACGACUCUGACUUCAAGAUCUCGGGCAACAUCACAUUGGAUGGUGUAGUCUAUGUGAUCCUACCAACAGAGAUGUACAUUUGGAGUCUUGAGACACCUCAACAAUACGACAGAGUUGACAUUCCCAAUCAACUGAACGAACAUCAGGUGGUGGUCACGCGCAACAGCAAGAACUAUGGCACUUACUCGGCGUUCAUUGCCACGACUGAUGGUGGCGUGCGCUACUGGCCUCAAACAAACAAACCAUCUCACAGCCAAGACAUCGCUCUGGACUUCCGCAAGGCCAAUGUAUUCCUUGCAGAGUGCAAUCCGUUUGGAGUUGUCAUUGGUAACUCACUUGGAUCAGUCUAUUUGUUGAGCCUGAAGCGUGGCGCACUGGUGGUCAAGCUCAUUAGCAAGUCACAAGGACUGCUCAGCUAUCUCUACUUGGCCAAGCAAUCACCAGUCGUCGCAGUCUUCUCCACCGCACAGCUGACCAGCGCUCAACGCAACGUCUAUGUCCUAACAGAGAACUCAUUGCUCAAGUAUGAGAUCAAUGAGAAUGGCGAAAGACUUAUCAUGGAUCAACCUUUGCAAAGAGACAUACAACAAGCACUUGGACAGAGCAGUGCUGGUGCAUACAAGACAUGCCAACUCUUUGUGGAUAGCCAGGGAGACGAUGCCAAUGAAACAGACACCGCAUUCAUACUCCUAUGCCAGUCAACACCAGAAUCCAAGCUCUACUAUCUCAUGUCGCUACAGGUAGCAAACAACCAAGCACUCAACCCCAAGGCCAUUGAGCGAUUCAGUUGUCAAUGCUUCGAAGGAAACCAGGACUUUAGAGCUAGACCAAUGCUGGCAGUCACCUCAUCGAACAAGUAUUACUUGAGUUGGAUGGACAGGAUAUACUUCUUCUUGGACAACAAGCAGGAUAACAAUGGAGAGAUCAAAUUGACUGACUUGAUGUUGUGCAGUGGUGUUUGGAACAGCAGCUACUACUUCAUCGACAGACAGACUGGCGUUCAAAUCCUCAACAUUGCGCCAUUCCAAACCAAACAGCAAUCAGGUGAUAACCAAGGACAGUCCAGUAUCCUAUUCGAUAUACCAGAGGAAGAGGAUCAGAUUGGAGCAAUGAGGAACAUACUGCUGAGAACAUUGAAUAGCUACUCGACAAAGAAGCAACAUUCAUUCCGUCAAUCAUUGGAGUUGGUUAGGAAGAUGGAUCCAAAGCAUUUGGACGCUGCACUAUGCAGGACAUCAUCAUAUAUUGCAGAUUGUAAACCAAAUGCCAAGUACUGGGCCACUGGAUCAGAGACUCUGCAUCAGCUCGGAACAUCAAUGUCUGUCCAGCUCAAGCAACAGAUAGAGGACAAGCUCAAGAGACAUGCACUGCUCGACGACAUGCUGCAGGAGAAUGACCUGCUCGACGACCUGAGCAAGGAGACACGCGACCUAAUGGAUCACAAUGUGCGACGACUCAAGGCUGCAUCAGACCUGCGCGACUUCCAGAACACGCAGCAAGAGUCCGAAGCCCCAACUAACUCGGUUCUGACCCAUCUGAUCCAAGAGACCGUGUCUGAUCGUCUCGGUCCAAACUGGGCAUCCAAUGGCAUGAAUGUAUAUGAACUGUUCUACUCGAACGUUGCCAUGCUCGACCAGCUGCUGGUGCGUUUCGUAAAGACUGUUCGCAUGUUGGAUGCCACUGUCACCGACUCUCUACUCAAGCUACGCACGAUACUCGAGGCCAACAGCGUCAUUAUCAAGAUCAUCAAGAACUACUCUACAGACAUGUUGUUCGCAUCAAUCAACAACACCAACGACUCCAUUCACCGCCUUCUCAAACAACUGAUCGAGUCAAUCAACUCAUUCAUUGAGACAGAUCUCAAGACCGGACCCGCUCACUUCCUGCUCGCCAAGGCCGAGGUCAGCCUCACCAACUCUGAGAACCUUCUCUACGAACAGUUGCUCGAGCUCACAAACAUCUACCUCCAAUCACUCAAGGACAAUGAGGAACAAAGCUUUGGAGAGUACUCGACGCUACUCAUUGCACCAUUCAUUCAAAGUCAUAGAUAUCAGAUGGCAUUGCAGUUGGCUCAGAAGUAUGGAAACUACAGCUCGAUAAUCCAGGUUUACUUGAGCGAUAAGGAGAACAGGGAGCAACAGUUGUCAAUGCUGCACACUUCACUGAGGCGUUUCCGUAAGGAGGGCAUCAUCGACAAAGUCUACGCCUUCAUGCUAGACUAUGGAAUGAGACAGGAGUUGCUUCAGCUGCCCGAGGAGUUUAGCGACUCGCUGUCCAGAUUCCUGGAGCAUCAUCCACAGAUCGCCUGGAUCAACUCUCUCCGUCUGAGACAAUGGAACAGCGCGGCCAAGGUCCUCCUGGAGGAGUCGCAACGCGAGGCACAGAGCGUGUCCAACAAGAACACCAUGCUCAAUCUGGCCAAGAUCUCUAUGAUGGCAGAGAACAAGAAGCCACUGCCCAAUCGUGAUCAACUGAUCAGCUGUUCCAAUCAAGCACUAGAGUUGAUCAAGAUACAAAGAGAGUUCUUACCCAAUGAGAAGCAGCCACUUGGUAUCUCAAAUCUCAUUGGUGAGAUACUCACUCAUACAGACUAUCAACCAUUGGACAGAUACUCUAUCUGUUUCAAUGCACUGGAAGAGUCAAAGUUGUUGACGACAACAGAGGAAAGGAUUCAUUUGUUUAAAUCCAUCCUAUUUGCAGCAUUCGAUCAUGGAGGUGUUAUGGAUCUAUGCAGGAACUUGGACGCAUCAACCUCUGACAAACAGUUUGAUAUGAUGAUUAUUGAAUCGGAUUAUUUCCAACUACUCCAUUGUCUUCCAAGAGAUGAGGAAACAAGUGAUGUGGUCCAGUCAUUCAUUAGCGAUUUCAACAAACUUAAACAGAAGUCAAUGACAGAUGAAAGACACAAACAUCAAUUAUCUCGCAUACUCUCACGUGUCAUUGAACUAUGUCGACAAUACUGA